GCUCCCUUGGCUCGGCGCCGCGCCGGGUCACGCCUGCCCGGUGCGCGGCGCUGGGCUCUUCCAGCCGCCCGCCGCGCCGCACCGCAGCCCCAUGUCCGCGCUCCCCGCCGGUACCGACAUCAAGAGGGCUCUGGAGAACAGCCCCGAGACCAACAUCGAGGAUGAGUUGCCCGACGGGCCGCCGCAGCCGCGGCCCAAGAACUACCUGCUCCUCAGCAUCCUCUCCUGCUUCUGUCCCGCCUAUCCCGUCAACAUCGUCGCCUUCGUCUUUGCCGUCAUGGCUCUAAACAGUUAUAAUCAAGGAGAUAUAGAAGGGUCAAAAAGACUGGGUCGCAACGCGCUCUGGGUGGCCGUGGCAUCGAUCAUCAUUGGCCUUGUCGUCAUCGGGAUCUACUGCGUAGUUCAUUUCACAACGCAUGCUAUCUGAAGACCAGGACUGCACUUGGAGGAUAUCAUCAUGUACAUCUCAAGAGGGGAUGAAAGAAGAGGAGAAGGAAACCCUUCAUUCCAGACUGUUAGGUCUGACCCUACAAGUCUGCAGAGGCAUGUUGCUGGUGGAUGGACUGAUUGUGCAGUUAGUUAAUCAGCAUGGCGUGACCAGGUUUUCAAAAUCAUUUAUUUAUAAGAGCCCCUCAGUGUAAAGCAGCACUUUCUCUUUUACCCUAGUGUAUAAUGAGAUCUUACCCUAACAACUCCCUUUUCUUCCUCAUUUACAUGGAAUGUAUGCUGGAUCCAUGACGUUCCCUGGCUGACCUUAGCCAGACAAAGCCAACCUAUCUGGACUGUUGAUAGUGCACAAUGUAAGAUCUGAUGCACAGCUCGCUGAAGCUGGUAGAACAACUCCUGUUGCCUGCAGUGGGUUUUGGAUCAGGCCAUUAAGGAUUUUUUUAUUGCUUUAAAAGAGUCUCAGCAUAACACAGUUGUAACCAUGGGUUUGUGAUCUUAUCCUGCUCUGUGAUUUUAUAAUGCCGUGGGCGUCCUCUGACUCAGCAGCUGCUUUCUUCUGUCAUCCUCAGCUUUCAGGUCUUUACCUUGGAUUUUUAACCACCUGGGACCGAUUUCAAUCACUUGAUUAUUAAGAGACACUCUUCUUCCAUAGCAUCCAUAUUUGGUUUUGUUUUGUUGUCUUUUGUUGUUGAAGUCCCUUGUCUGAGCUCCAGUCCCGCAUUCGAGUUGCACUGAUCAUAUUUUCCUCUUUAAACAUCACCUGUGUAAAAAGUUCCUAUUUUUUUUAACCUGCCAAAAGAUCUUUUUAAAUAGAUGUUCUUCUCCAUCCCUUUGUUAUCUAGCUAGUCACACACUCUCAUUGUGUUCUGCUUUGCUCAUACCUUUUUUGUUUAGUUUAUCCUUCAUCUUGCUAUGAGCAGUCUAUAGCCCAGUGCAGUUAGAGAUGGGCAGACUUCUGUACCCUCACACAAAGUCACAUCCACUCUUGCUGAUCCUAAUGUGUCACUCAGUGGACAGCCACAGGUUACAGAACCUGCCUCUGAUUUACUGCAGUUUCUUGGUACUUGAUGAAAAUUUAGCAGGGGGCAGCUGAUUUGUAGGAGCUGAACAGUCUAAAAGAAUACUUUCCUUUUGUCACAUCAAUGUUCCAUGUUAAAAGGAGUAAGCUCUGGCGAGCGUUGUGGCGGAUGGCUACAUCUUCAGCAGUUGUUGCUCCAUUUGCUCUAAUUGUCACUACAUCUUCAAGCAAGCUAUGCCAAAUUACUCUCCUUGCACUGACAUACAUCUGGACUGGCUACCCAGAAACACAUGGGAGUUUUGCAGGUGCAAGUGAGAAAAGGAUGAUGCCUGGCAGGAGUACAACUACCUAUUAAAAAGGAAAAAAGUCAUCUCCCAGAAACCUUUCCCUGUUAAAACAUAUGCCUGAAAGUAGCAUGUCUUUUCUGUGCCUUGAUAUUAUACUUCUAAUGUGCUUUUCUGCUUUUCUUUCUGCCAAAUUCUGUUUCUCAUUGAAGUCAGUGAAGCAUCACCUGUCCUUAAUGACUCCAGUAUAAAACUUCAGGAGCACUGGGUGAAAUCAGUUGAUUUCUUCAGCACUUAACACUGAUCGAAUUUGCCCACGUGGAAAACUUGCUACUGAUUUUGAUGAUCUCAAGAAUUGGCUGUUCUGUGAAC